AAUAUAUUUGUUAAACAGUAGGUUGUGGCUGGAUUACACUAAUGCAUUCGGCAGUUUAAUUUGACAUCUGUAUGAUUACUGAUAGCGAAGGCGAAAAAGAUAUAAGCAUGAAUUCCUACUGUGCCAGGGAAAUGCUUCUUUUUACUGGGAAUUCCCAUCCAGAUCUUGCAAGAUCCGUUGCAAACCGGCUUGGUAUAAGAAUAGGAACGUGUUCGGUUUAUCAAAAGUCUAACAAAGAGUCAAGAGUUGAAAUUGGAGAAUCUGUGAGAGGAAAAGAUAUUUUUCUGUUGCAAACUGGCAGUCGAGAUGUGAACGAUGCAAUUAUGGAGUUGCUGAUCAUGGCAUAUGCAUGCAAGACAUCUUGUGCGCAUAGAAUUAUCGGUGUCGUUCCGUACUUACCAUACUCAAAGCAAUGUAAAAUGCGAAAGAGAGGAUCUGUCGUUUCCAAGCUUGUUGCUACACUGUUAUGCAAAACUGGUUUGGAUCACUUAAUUACAAUGGAUUUGCAUCAACGAGAAAUUCAAGGAUUUUUUGAUGUUCCUGUUGACAAUUUGAGAGCGUCUCCAUUUCUAAUCCAAUAUAUUCAAGAAAAUAUUCCUGAUUAUAGGAACGCUGUCAUAGUGGCUAAAACUCCUGCCUCUGCUCGCAAAGCGCAAUCUUUUGCUGAAAGAUUAAGAUUGGGAAUUGCGGUUAUUCAUGGUGAACCGCAAGAAGCUGACUCGGAUCAAGCAGAUGGACGCAACUCUCCACCACCAUCUCAAAAACAAGACUCCGCUUCGCUCGAUUGGAAAAAUACAGAAACACCUUUAGCUCAUGGAUUACAAGAGGAAGAAGAUACUGCACCAUCAUCAUCCUCUUACAGCCGAAGACGAAAUAUUUCAAUCGGCCAUUUUGAAGGUCUUGAAAUACCUAUGUUAACAGCCAAAGAGAAACCUCCGAUAAAUGUCGUCGGCGACGUUGGUGGAAAAAUUGCCAUCAUUGUGGAUGACAUUAUCGACGAUGUUGAUCCUUUCGUGGCAGCUGCCAACGUGCUCAAAGACCGUGGCGCAUACAAGGUAUAUGUGAUGGCAUCCCAUGGAAUACUCUCUUCUGAUUCACCAAGAAUAUUGGAAGGAUCCAGCAUUGAUGAAGUUGUCGUCACUAACACAGUUCCACACGAACUGCAAAAGUUGCAAUGCCACAAAAUUAAAACUGUCGAUAUUUCAUUUAUUCUUUCUGAAGCAAUUCGACGAAUUCAUCAUGGUGAGAGCAUGAGUCAUCUUUUCCGAAAUAUCGCCUUGGAUGAAUGAUUUACUUCAACACUGACCAAUCACAUAGACCGCUCCGGUACCUCAUAUACAUUGUAUUAAACAAGUUUCAAUGCUUCGUAGCAUGAGUGGAUACCUUUCCAACUUUUUGAGAUGAUCCCAGGAGACAGCACUGUAUAAAUCGUCCAUUCGAUACCAAUGACUCAUCAUUUCAGUCUCUUGUAUAAGUUUUUGCAUAAUAUUAUCUAAUGCUAUCAUGUAAGAUUAAUACACUGACUUUUUGUGUAAUAAUCUAGAACUGGCACCAUUUUUUAAAACAAUUUAUAUCGCCACACUAAUAUGUAGUAUGUCAUAUUUUCAAAAAUGGCCUUUUUUUAAUCUUCUGUCAAUUAUAGACCAGGGGCCAUAUCAUAUCUUGGUCUGAGUUGCAAAGAUGUAUCUGUUUUUGGUUGUGUUUAUUUCCAUUUUUAGGUUUGGCUUUACCAAUUCGAAAAUCUGAUUCUCUCAAAACUCCCAAGAUGUGAUCAUGUGACAUAAGCUAUUUAGUUCUACUUUGGUGAUAUAAGCACAUAAAAUUAACCGUGGUUAUUAUGCUUAUUACAAUAUGCUAUCUAGCACUGCCCCUACCUUUUUAAAAUAGUGGAAUCUUCCCAAUAAUAAUUAACUAUGGCAGCAAUGCUUGUGUGAUUUAAUACCAUGACAUUCUGCAUAGAAUACCCCAUAAGUACAUCUUACUCCCUUACUUGUCAGUCAUUUAAUUUCCUUUUCAAUUAGUUUUGUUAUCUGUAAUUGAACACUGUCGUCAGGUUAUGUUAAAUAUGUAAAAGUAUCGAAAAAUAAUCAUGUAGAAUUUGUAAUUUUUGUUGUUACGAAGAGUACGUAACUGAUCAUCUUUGUGAAUAUCUUAAUUCUGCUUUGAGCAGUACAAAUGAAUUUGCAUGAGAUGGAAACCUACUUAGUGCCUAUUUGUACAUAGCUGAUUUUUGAUCAUAACUCGGAAACAUUUCUUUUACUGCCAAUACUUUUACUUUACGAUGAAUUAUCUGGCUUCUGAGUGCUAAAAUUGUGUGUAAUAUUUUAUUUCAG